AUGGAACCUGGUUGGCAGCCGUACCAGGAUCCUCUCAUGGGUCACCCUGCGCAGUUUACCACUGGGUUGGCGUCUCAUCCUCAGCAACUAGCCUCCAAAUACGGUCAGCCACCACAGUCACAGCCCCCCGUCGGAUACACAUACGAGUCUUUCCAAACUCCUGGCACUGCAUCGAAACCUCCUUCAGCGGGCACCAACUCCAAGUCCGUCUCGAUGGCUUCAUCGCCUGCCGCCACCCCCCGUCGGGAUUAUGUCACCGAUGCGGAUACCACCAUGGAGGACGCCGACCCGUACAACCGAGCAAAGUACCCUUCGAGGCCAAACCACAAUCGCGCCUCCUCUCAGUUUUUGAGUCAGGCAGAGGAAUCGUCGGCCUCGUCGGCCGCUCGCAGAUAUUCUCCGAUGAAUGUCCUGUCGCCGCCGAUGUCAUAUCCCACUAGUCCUGGCAAAUCCCAGAGCUCUUAUGGAUUCCCAUCCGGCCCUCAGAGUGCUUCUCGGCGGUCGCCUGCCCGACCUGAAUACGCAUCACCCCCACAGGGAUACCAAUCGCCAACAAAUCGCCCCCCUCGUCUCCCACCCCUCCAAUCCGGUGACCUCAGCCCCGAUCAAUAUUACCCAACAUCGGCCUCCUCCCAUAUGAGUCCUGGAUUUGGAGGUUCGCGAUCUCCGCGAUCUGGCUCGCUACCAUCUCAGCCUCCUCUGGUCCCCGGUCGCGGUCCGGUCCCGAAGUUCCAAAAAAUCCAGUCUGUACAGGAACUGCAGCCACGCAUGAAUGUACAGCCCGCAUAUCGACGCGCUAAUCCUGAAGGUGGAUUCAUCAGCCCGCUUCAAUCGUUGACCACCCACCUUCCGGCCACUUAUCGCAUAUGCAACCCAGGAUUCAACUAUGAGUCUUCACGGAACCCGCGGCGAGUACUGACCAAGCCGAGCAAAGGUGUGAAGAACGACGGAUAUGAUAAUGAGGAUAGCGAUUAUAUCCUUUACGUCAACGAUAUCCUCGGCAGCGAAGAAGCCGGUCACAAGAACCGAUACCUCAUCCUAGAUGUGCUAGGCCAGGGUACUUUUGGUCAAGUCGUGAAAUGCCAGAACUUGAAGACGGGAGAAGUGGUAGCGGUCAAAGUCAUCAAGAACAAGACCGCCUACUUCAAUCAGAGUAUGAUGGAAGUCUCUGUGUUAGAUCUGCUCAACAGCAAGUACGACAAGAACGAUGACCACCAUCUCCUUCGCCUCAAGGAUACUUUCAUUCACCGGCAACAUUUGUGUCUCGCGUUCGAGCUUCUCAGUGUCAACCUCUACGAGCUCAUCAAGCAAAACCAAUUCCGUGGAUUGAGUACGACCCUCGUCCGCGUCUUUGCCCAGCAACUGUUGAACGCGUUGAGUCUGUUGAACAAGGCGCAUCUUAUUCAUUGUGAUUUGAAGCCCGAAAAUAUCUUGCUCAAAAACCUUGAGAGUCCAAUCAUCAAAGUUAUCGAUUUUGGUUCAGCAUGCGAUGAACGACAAACAGUCUACACCUACAUUCAGUCGCGAUUCUACCGUUCCCCAGAGGUGCUCCUUGGUUUGCCGUACUCAUCCGCCAUCGACAUGUGGUCACUCGGAUGUAUCGUCGUGGAACUUUUCCUGGGCCUGCCUCUUUUCCCAGGCUCGUCGGAAUACAAUCAGGUCUGUCGAAUCGUCGAGAUGUUGGGAAUUCCACCCACCUGGAUGCUCGAGAUGGGUAAACAAUCAGGCGAGUUUUUCGAAAAGACUCAAGAUGAGUUCGGGAGGAAGACAUACCGUCUCAAGACCUUGGAGCAAUACUCGAGGGAACACAACACCAAGGAACAACCCAGCAAGAAGUAUUUCUCUGCCUCGACACUGGAGGAGAUCAUUCGCAGCUACCCGAUGCCUCGAAAGAACAUGAAGCAAGCAGAGGUUGAGCGAGAACUGAACAACCGGGUCGCAUUCAUCGAUUUCGUGCGCGGACUACUCUCAAUCAACCCCCUCGAGCGGUGGUCACCUCAACAAGCCAAAUUGCACCCAUUCAUCACCCAGCAAAAGUUCACUGGACCUUUCAUGCCACCGAUGAACCUCAAGUACUCGACUGCCAGCAAGCCCGCCCCAGGUGUUGAGCAGCAACAACGUGCCGAGGCCGCCAGCAAACAGAGAGCGGCCCAGGCUGCGCAUGCGCAGAAUGCCUACUCCAUGCAAAUGAAUCAAUUCCAUACGCCACCACAAACCCAGCCUCCGCCCAUGUACAACGGCAUGUACCAGGGUGCACCACCCCCAUACCCCACCCAGCAGCCGCCGGGCUAUGGCCACCAAAUGGGAAUGAUGCCAGGGCCAGGGCCAGGCCAGGUUCCCCCUCAGAGUCUCUACGCACAGGCAACAACACGGGCUGGCCGUCAACGAGCAUCCACCAUGGAUCCUCAGGGUAUCCCAACCACCAUUCAGCGAGUGGCGAGUCACCUGGAUCCGAAUGCACCGAUUCGACUCCAGCCCAGUCCCGCAUACUACCCCCUCCUCCUGAUGGGUAUGUGGAUGCAAACGCCAACCAAAGACGACGCGGCAGCCGAGCAGCAGCUAGCGGCGGCGGCGGCAAUCAACGCAACCGAGACUUCAUCCGCACCCUCGAAGACGGUGUAUUGA